GUCGGGACACAGGGUAACACGUAAACAAACAGGUGACAAGUGUGCCAGGUGGCGGCCGGGAAGCUUACGAAGCCGCUCACGCAAACUCCCCGUAUCAUGAAGAGUACAGAAGAACGCGUCUACUUCGAAUAACAGAAUACCUGUAGGGACAACCUAUAAGCUAGCUGUAAGUGUCUGAAGGAAGAAACAAGUGACACUGCAGAUGUCCAAAAAGAGUGUAACUCCAAGAAAUAUCGCUUAAGUCUUGUCCAAUUAUAAACGGUGACAAAACUUCAGCUGUCAUUGGGAGGAAAAGCAAGCUGCACGCAUCGCCAAGAAGAAAAAAAGGGCUGACUUGGAGCUGGGUUAAGUGAAUAUACAUAGAAUCAUUUCUUUGCAUUGAGAACUUGAAAGAGUGAAACAUGGCUACAGCUGAGAGGAUGGUGGUAAUUGUUACUGGAGGGACAGGCCUUGUUGGUCAGGCCAUUCAAACUGUUAUUAAGCAAAACAGUUCUAGUAAUGAAAAAUGGAUCUUCCUUAGCUCUAAAGAUGCUGAUCUCAAGAGUGCAACCGAGACCCGUGCUGUUUUUGAAAAGUAUAAACCAACUCACGUCAUUCACCUUGCUGCUAUGGUUGGAGGACUUUAUCGAAAUAUGAAGUAUAAUUGUGAUUUCCUACGCUUUAAUCAGCUGAUAAAUGACUCUGUGCUGGAGACCUGCAAGCAACUCAAUGUGAAGAAAGUAGUGUCCUGCUUAUCCACUUGUAUUUUUCCUGACAAAACUCCAUAUCCUAUUGAUGAGACUAUGAUUCAUAAUGGUCCUCCGCAUCAUUCCAACUUCGGCUACAGCAUGGCCAAGCGUAUGAUUGAUGUCAUGAACCAAGCUUAUCAUGAGCAGUAUGGAUGUAACUUUACAUCAGUGAUUCCUACAAAUGUGUAUGGCCCUCAUGACAACUUCAACCUGGAAGAUGGGCAUGUUUUGCCUGGACUGAUUCACAAGGUGUAUACAGCCAAGAAAAAUGGAACGGACUUUACAGUUUGGGGAACGGGCAGACCACUGCGGCAGUUUGUGUAUUCAUUGGACUUGGCUAAGCUGAUCAUAUGGGUGCUGCGAGAAUAUGAUGAGAUAAGUCCCAUUAUUCUCUCUGUUGAUGAAGAUGAUGAGGUGUCGAUCAAAGAAGCAGGCGAGAUGGUCGUAGAAGCUUUUGAUUUCAAGGGGAAGGUUGUGUAUGACACCUCGAAAGCUGAUGGACAAUUCAAGAAGACUGCCAGUAAUGCAAAAAUGAGGAAAUAUUUACCCGAUUUCCAGUUUACCCCAAUCCAAGAAGGUAUUAAGGAGACAGUGAAUUGGUUUAUUGAAAAUUAUGAUACAGCAAGGAAGUAAAAGGAAAUCUAGUUUGAAUUGUAGCAAGGUUGAGUUUGUUAUAUUUCACAGUGUGCAUAUUUUGAGCACAGUAUUUGUUUAUUUUGUAUUGUAAGUAAUCACAUGCAAGAGAUGUACAAAAGCUGUUACUAGACAAAUUCCUUUACUGUAUAUUGAUAUCUUUUAUGUAUAAAGACUUCAAAACAUUUUGGUAAAUGUACAGUAUAUUAACAAGUGCCUUUUAUGAAUAAUGUUCUUGAGUUAGAUAUGUUUGUAUUUGCAGUUACAACUGUAACUAAGAAACUGUUCAGGCUUUCUCCAUUUAUAUAUGAGGUGUACCUUUUCCUACUCUUCGAGACUGGUAGGCUUUUCCAGUAGCUUAGCAUUUUGAUGAAUUCCAAUUUAAAGAUUGCUAAUCAUAUAUUGACUACUAUAAUUGUUUUUGUUUAAUGGCUAUGUUAAGGAAGCAAGCAUCAUUUAUAUGAGUUAUAUAUAUUUUUACUCCAGUGUUCUAUACUUCUUCCAAAUUCUUGCAUUUUGUAAAGAGCAGUAAAUGGUACCUGUUUCAGAUAAUCAAACCCUCUGUAGUACUUAAUUUUUUCUUUACUAUUAAAUGAUCGACAACAAAUAUUCAACAAUUAAUGUUUUGCAUUCUGAUGACACACGAGUGCAUUGUCCAUACAUUUAGCUUUUAUGCACAGGCAUGUCAUCCGUUCAAAAAUAUUUUAAAGUUGUAUCACUUGAAGAGUAGACUCGGCUGACAAGACCUCCACUGGUCUACCACACUGCUCGCUGCCACAUAAAAAAAAAUUGAGUGUUAUAUGCACAAUUUACACUUAAUGCAAUAUGUAUUAAAUUAAACAUUUUCAAGUACAAUAACUACUAUAUAAUUUCUACACUUAUAUAAUUUAUGCACAUUUUCAUGCAAUGUAGAGAAAAUAUAUUUAGGAAAUUAAAUAUGUGCAAUGUAAAAAUGUGUAUUAACCCUUGUAAAUUCUAUGGCACCUUGCACACCUGAUGAUGGCUUUCAGUUUCUUUUUUUUUCUGUAUUCCAGACCACUUCUUUCUGAACAUUUUGAUAAGUCAAUGAUCUAAGCAUAUAAACAGUAUUGCAAAUAAAAAGAAGAGAUAAA